AUGAAUUGGAUCCCCCACGUGCAAAGCCUUAAACUAAGGACAACUGCAAUAGCUCGACAAAUGAAGAUGUUCUAUGGAUUUAAAUGGGGACUGAACCCCCACAUACAAAAGGUGCUGUAUUCCACAGUGGUAGAAAAAAUAGUCACGUAUGCUGCUGCAGUAUGGGCCUACCCAAUGCAAGGGAGAAAGGUUAAACACCUUAAUGCCAUUCAACGACCCUUUGCAUUGGGUAUUACCCGGGCCUAUCGCACCACUUCAAGCGACGCCAUUAAUGUGCUGGCAGGCUUACUCCCUCUUCACAUCCGUGCUGAGGAGGAGGCGGCACGACAGCAAGUAUUACAACUCAAAACAAUGGUCUCAUUUGAUGAAGAAAUUUACUCCCAUGAGGAGUAUGAGGAAAGCUGCAACCCGUUGGAUGUACACCCAGCGGCUAAAGGAAGAGGGGUAUACGUCUCGGUGAAGCCUAAGGAUAAUAACCAGCCACUUGGCCUGACAGUUUACACGGACGGGUCAAAGUUGGAGGAGAAAGUGGGCUGUGCCUACGCCGCCAUGAGGCAGGAAAUCCUCAUAGAAAAAUGGAAGGGCCGGCUCAGACAAAACAACAGCGUUUUCCAAAGUGAAGCCUUGGCCAUAUUGCAAGCAAUCCACUAUGUACAUUCCAUAAGAUGCAGGCAGGCCACAGUAAAAACUGACAGCUUGUCAACAUUACAUGCGAUUUGGAACCCCGACCAUCCCUCUGAAAUUAUUCAAGAGAUACAGAAGGCCCUUAGAAAUAAUCCAAAUUUUAAUAUUACAUUAGAAUGGAUAAAAGCACACGCGGGCCAUGAAGGGAAUGAAAUGGCAGAUCAGCUUGCCAAGGAUGCCACCACAGAAACAGCAAUAGCAGAGACAGUUAUACCAUGGCCGCGUUCUUACUUCAAGCGUACGCUGAGAUUGAAAGCCAUGGGGAAGUGGCAAUGUGAAUGGGACGAGAGCAACACAGGGAGGAGGACCCAUUACUUCUUUGGUUAUGUGGACACAGACAGAAAUAUAGCAAACACGCAGCUCGCAAGGUUUAUCUCAGGGCACGGUCCCUUUCCUGACUAUUUCUACAAACGUGGUUUCUGCAAUACAAGUCAGUGCGCAUGUGGAGGACCGGGCUCGCCAGAGCAUUACUUGGAGACAUGCCCGCUGACUGAGGGUCUCCACAUUAGACUACCAGCCAAUAACAGACAGCCAUUCUGUAAAUAUCUGAUUAAGCAACGGCACCUAAUUAAAAAGAUUGUGCAAUUAAUGGACAAAUUAGCGGAACUCAAUCUGGAUUUGUGCCAAAUUUAG